AUGACGUCUAUAAUAAAACUCCACGCAAUUUCUGGAGCUAUGGAUGAGUCUCCACCGUGUUACUUGUUAGAAAUUGAUGAAGUUAAAAUUCUGCUUGACUGUGGUUGGAAUGAACACUUUGAUGAAUCUUUUAUGAGAGAAUUGAAAAGGUAUGUUCACCAAAUCGAUGCCGUAUUGCUGUCAUAUCCUGAUCCACUUCAUCUGGGAGCUCUACCUUAUUUAGUUGGAAAAUGUGGACUCAAUUGUCCAAUUUACGCCACCAUUCCUGUCUACAAAAUGGGUCAAAUGUUCAUGUACGACAUGUAUCAGUCUCGGAAUUACAUGGAAGAUUUUGAUCUCUUCACGCUGGACGACGUGGAUGCAGCAUUUGACAAAAUAGUCCAACUCAAAUACAACCAAAGUGUAUCAAUGAAAGGAAAAGGCUACGGUGUAUCACUUACACCUCUACCAGCAGGACAUAUGAUCGGUGGUACGAUCUGGAAGAUAUGCAAAGUUGGCGAAGAAGAUAUUGUGUAUGCUGUAGACUUCAACCACAAAAAAGAGCGACAUUUGAAUGGUUGCGAGCUCGAGAAAUUGAAGAGACCAUCGUUGUUCAUAACAGACGCAUUUAACGCUAGUUAUCAGCAAGCAAGACGCAGAUUACGUGAUGAAAAACUAAUGACGAAUAUUCUGCAAACGCUUCGAGGAGGCGGUAAUGUGUUGAUCGGUGUCGAUACAGCUGGAAGAGUAUUGGAACUAGCUCACAUGUUAGAUCAGCUGUGGCGAAAUAAAGAAUCUGGACUUUUGGCUUAUUCGUUAGCGCUGUUUACAAAUGUCAGUUACAACGUUGUCGAGUUUGCUAAGUCCCAAAUUGAGUGGAUGAGUGAAAAAUUGAUGAAAAGUUUUGAAGGAGCUCGUAACAAUCCAUUUGUAUUCAAACAUCUUCAGCUUUGUCACACUAUGCAAGAAUGCCAGGCAGUACCAAGUCCAAAAGUCGUGUUAGCAAGUACACCAGAUUUAGAGUGUGGAUUUUCACGGGAACUGUUUCUUGAGUGGUGUACUCGUCCUGAAAAUAGUAUUAUAAUCACCAGUAGAACUUCACCAGGUACUUUAGCCAGAGACUUGAUAGAGAAUGGUGGUAAUCGUAGUAUUACAUUAGAAAUAAAGAACCGCGUUAAGUUGGUGGGUUAUGAACUCGAGGAAUAUCAGAAGAGAGAACGUGCCAGACAGGAGUUGCUGAAGCAAGAGAAAAUGGAGACCGCUGAUAUCAGCUCUGAGUCUGAAGACGAAAUAGAAGUCGGUGGUGCGCGAGGUAAACAUGAUUUAUUGGUCAAGCAAGAGACAAAACCUGGUUUCUUCAAACAAAGUAAAAAACAGUACCCGAUGUUCCCUUUGGUGGAAGAAAAAAUUAAGUGUGAUGAGUAUGGAGAAAUUAUUAGGCCCGAGGAUUAUAAGAUAGCUGAAAUUACUCCGGAUGCUGAGGAUAAUAAGGAAAAUAUUGAUGUAAAACCGGAGAAAAUUGUAGUACAUUCUGAACCCGCUACGGAAGGCCCAACUAAAUGCACCAGGAUAACGAGGACGAUAAAUGUCAACGCCUCUAUUUCGUACAUUGAUUUCGAAGGACGGUCUGAUGGAGAGUCUUUGCAGAAAAUUCUCGCACAACUGAGGCCCAGGAGAGUAGUCCUGGUCCGAGGGUCCAAAAAAGACUGCGAAGUUCUUGCUCAGCAAGCGCGAUCCGUUGGCGCGCGAGUAUUCAUUCCUGGUCCUGGAGAAACUCUGGAUGUCACUACUGAGACUCAUAUUUAUCAAGUAAGGUUAACAGAUGCGCUCGUCAGUGGACUCAAGUUUUCAAAAGGUCGUGGAGAUGCUGAAGUUGCUUGGGUUGAUGCUAUGAUCACUGCUCGAGAACAAGUUUGUCCCGAUGCUACAAAAGCUAUCACUGAUGGAGCGGAAGAUGAGGAUGAUCCAAUGGAAGAAAAAAUUCUCACUCUAGAGCCUUUGAAUAUAAAAGAGGUACCAGGCCACAAUACUCACUUUAUUAAUGAGCUUAAACUUUCUGAUUUCAAACAAGUACUCACAAAAGCCAACAUUCCAUCGGAGCUUAGUGGUGGUGUUCUUUGGUGUUGCAAUAACACAAUAGCAGUAAGACGAAAUGAAGCAGGAGGAAAAGUAAUCAUCGAGGGAUGCCUGUCUGAAGACUACUACAAAGUCCGUGAACUAUUAUACGAGCAGUAUGCGAUAGUAUAA